AUGUUGAGACAGGCUCAGCUAAAAAGCGGGCAACUCUUCCUCGUCGAUCUUGCUGGUAGCGAAAAGGUUGGGAAGACAGGUGCCAGUGGACAGACGCUUGAAGAAGCUAAGAAAAUAAACAAGAGUUUGAGCGCUGGGAAUGACGGCAAAUCGACACACAUACCGUACCGAGACUCGAAGCUCACUCGGAUUCUGCAAGAAUCCCUGGGCGGUAAUUCCAGGACUACCUUGAUCAUCAAUUGCUCGCCAAGCAGCUAUAACGAUCAAGAGACCCUAAGUACACUGAGGUUUGGUGUCAGGGCUAAGGCUAUCAAGAACAAGGCCAAGAUCAACGCUGAGCUCAAUUGCAAGAAAUUGGCAGGUCAGGAGACACCCAGCCGAUCGGAAUCAAGAACUGGAGAUCGAGCUUCCACUCCUAGCAUUGUACUCGAAAAGGACGAACGAGAGGAGUUUUUGCGACGAGAAAACGAGCUGCAGGACCAGGUGGCCGAGAAAGAAUCUCAACUAUCUACGGCAGAACAGGCUUUAAAAGAGGCAAAAGGAGAGCUUCAAUUUCUGAAAGAGAACAAAGCUCUCGAACAGGCAGAAUAA